AUGCCAAAAAAAACUAGUCCACAAUCCCAAAGAAGAAACCGAUCAGCUUCUAUUCCCACAAAUUCCCUGGGCGCUUCCUCAUCACUGCUACAAAUAAGGAAAGGGUUACCAGGUCCAGUGGAGAAUUUCCUUCACAGAUCCCCUUCGCCUCUUCCAUACCUCCGAAGCAACGAUCAUCCUACCCUCAGAAUAACUGAUCAUAGAGAUAACAUCUUGACUUCUUGUAGCCAAAUCUCACCGGACACUUUGGGCCAGCGACCAGAAUUCGCUGCCAUGAAUGAACCACGCAGCCCUAAGUUGUGGCUUCAAAGUAAAACGUUCACUUCUAGUCAUGGGCGUUCUUAUUCUUUUCGAAACAUGCGGCGUCCAACACCCCAACAAUUGGCGGAGGAGGAGCAGUUCCGACCGCGAGGAGCUACCAUGCCCUCUGACAGCAUGAGCUAUCUCCGGGAGAAAAGGAGACAACGGUUACGAGAACGGAGUGCUAGUCCUAACUCAUCACCUCUGGAUCACACGGAGAGCGAAUACGAUACUUUCUACAGGAUCCGUAGCUUCAGUAUCACACCAAAGGGAGGGGUGAUCAACCGAGGUGACAGGGUCCGUCAGCGGUCCCGAAGUAGCAACAGUACGGCCUCGAGUUACACUUACCCAUCGUGUCCUUCCACCGCCACGUCAUGCUCCUCCGGACCAGGAACUCGAUGUACCCACCUCAAGGUUCUAAUGCUUGGAGCCACAGGAGUUGGAAAAAGAUCCAUUGUUUCACAGUUUAUGUCUUCAGAGUACAUGAACACCUACGAUACAUCUCAAAGUUAG